GCGACGGAAUUUCGAGGUACCGUCGACAGAAUCUCCUGCAGCUCGUCAAGCUUCAUCUUCACGGCGCUGCUAAUCUUCUGGAAGGCUAUUCUGCUCAUGUUGGGACUGUACUUGUCCUUCCUCAUCCGCAACGUGUCGGUGGAUUUUCAGGAGUCUCCGUGGAUUUUCGGUUCGGUGGUGGUUGUCCUUGUCGGUUGCCUCGUCCUCAUGCCGAUGUCGUAUAUGGUCGACAUGCGCGCGUCAACUUACUACGUGUUUCUCGCGUGCUGUCUGCUCAUCUGCACGGUUUUGAUCAUGUGUCUGAUGCUCGCGCCGAAGCUUUUCCGUCUGAAAGAAGCUGCGUCUUCAGCUUCGAGUGGGGCUAGUGGAACUCGCAGCACAGUGAGUAGGAACAGUUUGGCUGGAGGGAAGCCCCUUGCUGACAUUUCAGAAACGGAUAAUGGUGUUUCGAGUGACGUGUCUCGGAAGUUAUCACAGUAUCAAGUAAGGCCACUAGGCAUCGCUACGAUCGACAAGAGAAACUCUUCAGCAGGGGACAAUGGGACCAGCACGACAAAUUGAACCUACAGGGCCAUUCGAAUCACCUUGUUAACCUGAAUUUUUUAUCAUUCUGAGGCUGGUGGAACUUUGGAGUGCAGAUACGCUCCUUUCAGCCAUAUUUGAUGCGUUUCUCAGUGUUGCUUCA